GCAGGGAAGCGCUUGCGCUAGCGUGGUCCGCGGCGCUUGUUGUUCCUGGAGAACGAGUUAACCCGAAUUGGAACUGUGACGAUUUGAUCUCGAUUGUAGAAUCGCGUGCCUUUCUAAGAGGAUUUCGCAAUAAAAGAAGUAACCCUAAGGAAGCUUCUGAGGUUACAGAGACCAACAGGAGAAGCAACAAUGCCUGCCGAAGGAGGAAAAUCUGAUAUGGAGAGGAUUGGCCUCUUCAGUGAGAUGGAAUAUAUUACUGUUGGUGAUAAAUAUGUGUCGCCAUUUAAUCGACCCUUUAAUGAGGCUGCGAGCAAAAAUAGACAGAUGCUACCUGGGGGAUCCAAAGAAAUGUCAAAUCUCCAGCCAGGUUAUUUUGAUCCCCAUUUUGUAAGGAUUUUUGAAGGUGAAGGCUAUGUAAAUCUGAAUCAAGUGAGGAGACGGCAUAUGAUGGAAGAAGCCAAAAAAAAUCUAAGCAAAGCCUUCCUCCCUAGUAGUGGAGAUAGAAAGCCCUGUGGAUUAGGAAGCUACUAUGGAACAAUAGGUGGUCCAGUCCCAUUCUUCAGUGCACAGUCCAAACCCAGAGAAAAAUAUCAGGCACCUGGAAAGAAUUUAUACACAAACCCAGGAAAGAAGGGAACUGGAUAUGGCUAUGCAAAUGUUACCAUAGGUAAACAGCUUCCACACUCGGCUGAUUUCUAUGAUGCACCAAAACUAAAUUAUAAGACAGAGAAUGAAACUCAUCAUCGUUUAGUUAAAGGGUCACCUUUCAAGUUAAAUCUUUAUCCAAGGGAAUAUUUUGACAGUAAUCCUUAUUUCUCUGAGAAACCUUUACCACCAAUUCACAAAACAGAGAAGAAAGAAACACUUGCAGCCCCUUUUAAACCCUCCUCUCCUGGUAAAAAGCCUGGUGGAAUGAAGGCAGGAACAUUUGACCCUUACCCUUCACAUUCUUCUGACCCUUAUGUGGUGAAAAUGGCACACCAGAUUUCCGGCAAAAGUGACAAGAUAUUCCAUCCGCCAAGUGGACCAAAAAGUAGACCAAUUACGAGUAUAAUGACCUUAAAUGUCAAAAGGGCAUUAAAUAUGAAGAACUACAAGACUUCUUCAGCACAGUCCUAUUAACAAUGGGAAGACAAAUUGCUUUCUAGACCCUGAGUUCCAGUAAUUCAUUACCAAAUGCUGAUUAUUUGAAAAUGUAUAAGACCUUGUGGAACAGAUAGCUCAAGCAUUUGAAAUGAAGUUAAGCCUGCAACCCUAAUACUCUUCCUUGUUUUAGUACUGCUACUUAAUGAAUAAACAGUAUUGACUAAUAA